CAGGGAUUAGUGGUCACUCUGAUUAGCCGAGCUUCAUCCGUCCUGAGACAGAUGGUGUAGUCGGCUUACAUUCAAACCGUAACGAACCUUCUCGGAUAAAACAUUUUGUUAUACAGAAAGGACCAGAAGGUUCAGAUGAUUGAAACGUGUAGCAGAAGCAUGACCUACAGAGGCUUAAGGACGGUGGCUCUGCUGUUGCUCUCUUCAAAUUUUCCACAUGCUUCCGCUCUUCCUGCUGCAUCGUCGUACGAGUUUACGGCCUACCGUAUGCAGCAGUACAGCCUGCAACAGGAAAAACAUGGUUGUCAUGGUGCCAUGGUUGUUGCAGAGGCACGUUCUCCAGAUGAUUCGAGUUUGACUCGCCGCUGCGUGAUCAUGAAGCUGUCAGACUUUACAUUAGAUCGUUUUUUAGAGUCUAAGAGGCAGAAUGCAGCGGCAGUGCUCAUACUGAUACCUCAGAACAUCUCAACUUUUUCGGACGAUGUCAUCCAGAGUUUCAUGGUUACAGAGUCUGAAGCUCUGAAGAUGGAGACCCUCAUGCCUGUUUAUGUGGUUCCUGAGGAUGAACAGCUCCUCUAUAUGUAUACAGAAGUUAAGCAUGCUGCAGCCACCAAAUCAGCAUCCAUCUUGAUCAGAGUUCUCUGCAGUAUGGUCACAACCACUGCCUUUCAGAUAUUGGUGAGCAACAACUCCCCAAUCAAGGCCAUCACUGACAGCUCAAUCAUUACAUUAGAGGGGGUACUUCCUGGACUUAGAGAGGACUCGCCCACAAUUCUUAUCACCGCCCAUUAUGACUCAAUCGGCCUUGCUCCGUGGAUGUCAUAUGGAGCGGACUCGAAUGGCAGUGGCGUCACCAUACUACUGGAACUGGCCAGGCUCUUCCAACAACUUUACAGCAGUCCUCGCAGCAAGGCACCGUUUCACCUCCUUUCUCUUACUGGGGGAGGGAAAUAUAAUUUUAUUGGCACCAAACAAUGGCUGGCUGAAAAUAUGGACCACGCAGAAUCCAGUCUUUUGCAUGACAAUGUGGCAUUCGUGCUCUGUUUGGACUCUCUCGGUUCUGGCGACGACCUUUUCCUCCAUGUAUCUCGACCCCCAAAACCAGAGACACCUCAUUUUCGCUUCACCCAGCAGCUAGAAGAAGUAAUCUUGUCUAGGUUUCCGUGGGUGAGAUUUGGAACCGUACACAAGAAGAUCAACCUACAAGAGUCUACUCUCGCAUGGGAGCAUGAGCGCUAUGGAAUGAGGCACAUCCCGGGAUUCACUUUGUCUCGCCUACAAGACCCCAGAUCCGAGCAUCGGGUCUCCAUCCUUGACACCAUGUUUCAGGUGGACAUCAGAAAACUGAAACGGAAUGCCGUCAUUGUCGCUGAGGCCUUGGUGAGGUACAUGUAUAAUCUGUCAGACAAGGGUUCUCCAAAAGAAUUGCAAGUGUUCAAAGGCAGUUUGGAGGUCCUGGACAGUCGUUUAUCUGCUUUAAUGACCCUGUUGACUUCAGUGCCACGAGCAACUCAGCUGAUGGACAGAGAGCCCCAGCAGACUCUUCUCAUCAACAGCCUGGAGCAAGAGUUCAGACGGCACCUUCAACAGGUCUUUAGACACACUUUCCAUCAGGAUCACAGGGAUCCUGACAUUACGUUUUUUGAUCAAAUGAAGCAGCCAAUGAUGAUGUACAGGGUGAAGCCGGCUGCGUUUGAUCUCUUCUUGGGAGGCUGUAUUGCAGGUUAUUUGGGAUUAGUGUACUACGCGAUCCAGAACUUUGGAAAUGUCUAUAUGAGACUCAAAGCCAUUGUGAAAAACAAACAGCAGUGAGACACAGUGAGACUGAGCACUGAAGUGUGUGUUAAAGUUGGGUUUUCAGAUAAAAACAUAAGACAUUAUGUUGUGUUGUACUGUUGUAUUAUGUUGUUUCACUUGUAUGUGUACUAAAUAAAGAGCAGUCCAUGUUAA